AUGCCAGAGAAACGUGAAGGAGCGACUUCAUUUGUUUAUAACAAUCAUAUGACUAUAGCUGGGGGUUACCGUGGUGGGUCUGGCAUUGUUGAUGAUAUGAUUAGAAUGAAUAUUGAUCCAAACUCUGAUCUCUCAACACACUGGAGUGGCUGUCCUGUUGAACUACCUGAUAAGUUGCAAUACCACAGCAGUGUGCUGUAUAAUGAUCAGUUGAUAGUCUCUGGAGGUCAAACUGAUGGAAAGAUGGCAUGUGACCAGAUCAGAGCAGUCCAGCUUGUUCCUCCCUAUACUGUGACGCCCUUACCAAGAAUGCCAGAACAAAGAAAGCAUCACAGCAUGGAAAUAUUUGAUGAUAAUUUGUUGAUAGUUGGUGGAAGUACAACUGGCAAUUACAAAGACAACCUUAGCAGUGUCGUACUGUACGAUAUAAAGAAGAAUGAGCUGAAACAGAAUGAGCUGAAACCACUGCCGUAUGAAGUGAGUCGCAUGGCGACUGUGAGAUGGGGAGCUGAAAACAUCGUUGUUAUUGGUGGCGAAGACAAACAACACCAGCCAUUAGAUGCGGUUAUCAUUUACAAUGUCAAGACAGAACAAAGUCACAUGCUGCCAUCGAUGAAAUAUAAAAGGUAUGGAUGCACUGCAGUUGUUAUCAAACAUAACAUUGUAGUUCUGGGAGGGUUUGGUGAACAACAUCAGAUCGUGAAGUCAGUUGAAGGUUUCAACUUUGAAAGUUAUUCUUGGGAAGACCUUCCAGAAAUGUCUGUGGCAAGAGGCAAUCACACUGCUGUUGUUGUGUGA